UUCCUUCUAUAUUUAUAUGUUGUUUUGUAACAUGAUUCCUCAGAGUGAUAUAUAAAGACAGUAGUAUCAUGGGGUGUUAGAAAGUAUAAAAAAAAGAAGGUUCAAAUCUCUCUGUCUGUUGGGUUUCCAGACCAGUUCUUGUUGGUGAAUUUGAUCUUAAAAGUGCCUCAGUUCUGCUUCUAAUGGCCGUAAUGAAGUUUACAUGGAGAUCCAUUAUCCCAAGGUGUUCAAAGGGUAUUGAAGAACCAGAACCAGAAGCAGAAGCAGAAGCAGAGACAAAGAAACAAGAUUCAAAACAAGGUUCUUUUUCCAGGCUUGCAAUGAUAGAUUUAAGUUACCCAAGUUCGAUGUUCACCGAGGAUCUUUCCACAUCGCUUGCCGGUUCAAAUCUAUAUGUUUUUACACUGGAGGAAUUAAAGGUGAUAACACAGUGCUUUUCAUCGGCUAAUUUUCUAGGUGAAGGUGGGUUCGGACCAGUUCAUAAAGGGUUCAUUGAUGACAACCUUAGACCUGGUUUAGAAGCUCAGCCUGUUGCUGUUAAACUCUUGGAUUUAGAAGGCUUGCAAGGACACAGAGAAUGGCUGACAGAAGUGGUGUUUCUUGCACAACUGAGUCAUCCACACUUGGUGAAACUGAUUGGAUAUUGCUGUGAAGAUGAAAAUAGGCUGUUGGUGUAUGAAUAUAUGCCUAGAGGAAGCCUUGAAAACCAACUUUUUGCAAAGUAUUCAGUGCCACUUCCAUGGUCGACAAGGAUGAAAAUUGCUCUUGGAGCUGCUAAGGGACUUGCUUAUCUCCAUGAAGCUGAAAAACCAGUCAUUUACAGAGAUUUUAAAGCUUCAAAUAUCUUGUUGGACUCGGAUUACAGUGCUAAACUUUCAGAUUUUGGGCUAGCAAAAGAUGGUCCUGAAGGGGAUAAAACCCAUGUUUCAACCAGGGUAAUGGGAACAAGAGGAUAUGCUGCUCCUGAAUAUAUCAUGACAGGUCACUUGACUGCUAUGAGUGAUGUUUAUAGUUUCGGAGUUGUACUUUUGGAGCUUCUAACAGGGAGGAGAUCUUUAGACAAGAGCCGGUCUCCGAGGGAACAGAAUUUAGCCGAGUGGGCUCGGCCGAUGUUGAAUGAAUCUCGGAGACUUGCUCGGAUAAUGGACCCUAAGCUCGAAGGGCAGUACUCGGAAACAGGGGCUCGAAAAGCGGCAGCAUUGGCAUACCAAUGCCUCAGCCACCGGGCAAAACAGAGACCGAAAAUGAGUGAUGUGGUCAAUAUUUUGGAGCCACUGCUGGACUAUGGAGAAACCUCGGUUGCUUCCUUUGUUUACACAGUCCCAACUCACCAAAAAGGUGGUUCGCCACCAAAGGAUGAUACGGACACUAAAGAAUGUGAAGCCAAAACCGAGUUAAAGAAAGAGAACGGCCACCACCGCAACCGCCACCAUCAUCGGAGAAGCCACAAAAGCCGCGAUGGCCAUGGGCAUCAAAACAAAUCAUCGAGUCAAUCUUCGGUCCAUUCAGAAAACGACACUUCGAAGCAAAACCUUGAAAACGGGUCUAAUGAAGAAUGCAAUAUAGACUAAGCACAAACUCCUACUUUUCACAUUGUAAAUAACUAGAUAUUGCCUCUUGGUUUGCCCACUCUUGAAAAUGUUAAAAAGGGUGUUUAAGUUUCAAUUACAAGAAUUUUUGUUUUACUCGAAUUGAUUAAUUCGAAAAUGUAUUAUUCAUAUAAAGAUCAUUUAAAUGAGAAGAUUUAUUAGUUGAGAUGAAUAAAAA